AUGCAGGCCGGUGACGCCCAGGUGGCCGCGGGCCACUCGCUGGACCUGCAGGACGUGCCGUCGGCGGCUGACGUGCAGAGCAUGCGCGAGGACGCCCUGCUCACCACCGUCCUCAUGGAGCACGGGCACCCCGUGGAGGGCGACCCAAUGUCCCAGCCCCUCGACGCGGGGAUGCACCAAUCGGAGGCCUACGCGCUCAAGUCGUCGCCGGAUGACGGCUACGGGGGGUACGGAUUCAAGAACGGGCAGGACAUGAUGCUGCCGGCCGAAUUGGCGGGCGUGGCUAUGGACCAGCCGGUUGAGCUGGUGCCGAUCCAGGUGGUGCCCUCCCAGGGGGGGAUGAUGACGAGCGAGGCCUUCUCGCCCAACGGGUACAUGGACGGGUCGGGGUACGCCAUGGCCAACAGCCAAUCCAAGCCGAUGCAGCAGGGGGGGCAAUUCUCGGGGCAGCGGUUCGUGUCCAAGGGGUCGUCGGACACGUCGCUGAGGGGAGUUGGCCACACGCCCACGCGGGUGGACGCCAACGGCCGGCCCACCAAGAUGCUGGUGCACCGCGCCAGGAGCGCCGGCGGUGCGCAGGCGGGGUUGGGGCUGUACCGAUCGGUGGCCAGGGUGUCCAGGACGAUGUCCGACUCGGACAUCGUGCUGGAGAGCCCGCUGGGCGGGCAGAUGGGCUCCGGGCAGAUGGGGCACUCCGUGUUCCACGGGAUGGGGGGCGUCGUGCAUGCCGGCGGGCGGAUGGGCAACCACUGCAUGACGGAGAACGGGGACAGGGCGGCGGUGGGCGGCAAGGAGGGGACCAAGACGCGGUGGAAGCCCAACCCCGUGCAGCUGUGCCUGCUGGAGCAGCACUUCAACUCAGGGUACACAAAAGCUACUCCAGAACUGCAUGCUGCUGUUCAAGGAGCAGGCCAUGCGACUGAGAAUCAGGUCACAGUGUGGCUCAAGAACAGACUGUCCAGGUGCAAGCGCCCACCUCCCAAGGCCAAGCAGAGCGAUGCCCUGAAGGUUGAGGAGGAAGAGAGUGACAAUGAGGUCCCUUGGGAGGAUUUCUCGAAGGUGUCGGCGACUGUUCUCGAAGAGCUGUCGUCCAUCCUAUCCACAGUUGACAAGCAGGAUAUUGUCACUCUGGCCAAGUCCAUCCGCAGCGCCAACAGAAUAGGAUGCUGUGGUGUUGGACGGGAGGGAUUGGUGAUGAGGGCACUUGCUGCCAGCCUGCAUCAUUUGGGCUUCGAGGUGUACUGCACUGGGGACACGAAUAUGCCACCCUUCGGCGCUAAUGACCUAAUGCUUGUCAGCGCAGGGCCUAGUUAUUACAGCUCGGUGAGCGCCAUUGCACUGGAAGCAAUGCGUGCCCAUGCAGUAGUCAUUGCCUUCACCGCUCACAAGACUGCUGACCUGCCCUUUGCUGAGCAUGUCAUCCGCAUCGCUGCACAAACCUUGCCGCCAUCGAUGCCAGUCAUGAACCAAAACCUGAGUGGCACAGGCACAGACCUGAUGUCAUUCCUGCCUGAGGGGCGUGUAAGCAUUCUGCAGAUGGGAGCAUCGUAUGAAAUGAGCAUGUGGCUCAUGUUCGAGUGUGUCAGCAUCAUGCUGCGGAAGGCCUGCCACGUGUCAGCCUCUGACAUGCGCUCCAGGCACACGAAUCUGGAGUGA